GAAAAGCGCUCGAGCUCAGCGCGCGAAGGCUGACGUUGAAUUCAGUUAGCACCAUCGGGCGGGAGAUGGAUGUGUACGUGUUUGGCACUGUAAAAAUAACAUUAUCAGAUUAAUUUAAUGAGGUUUUGAAUAUUAAGCUUGAGUUAUUUACUUUAUACGUCGUGUCUCGAACGAUUGAUGUGGUUUUGUUUCGAUUAAAAGCGCAAGACUCGACCCACAAAGAUGAGCUCCGUCCUUUCAGAGCGGCCUGUGGAUGUGGUUGAGGGAGGAACAGCUGGGAGCGAUUCAGACAGUGGUGUGGGUUCACCAAUGGAGGAGCCUGUGAUUGACAACAACAAGCGCACUGAGGACCAGCAAGAUUCAGAUGAUGAUAUCGCCGUCAGUCGGAAGGGACGCUCUCGGAAAGCACUGCAGGACAGUGACAGCGACGGAGAGAAGGAAGAGGCAGGAAUGACGAACGCUUUGGUCCUGUCAGAGUCCAGCGAUGAGGAGACGAAAACCAGUGAGAUUGAAAGUGUCAUAAAGAAGAGAGGAAAACGAGUGUCCCGCAUCUCAAUGGAUAGCGAUGAGGAUGAGCAAGAAAAAGCGGAGGAUGCUCAAGUCAAGCCAAAAGAAGGAAAGAAAAAAAGAGAGAAGUCACAAAGACGCAAAGAGAAAGAGAAGCGCAACGUUGCUCUGGUGAAACGGCUGAAGGAAAAAUCUGAGGAUGCUCCCCCAGUCAAAGCUCUGAAUGACAGCGGCUGUCUGCUCGGAGACUCUGACCUGUUUGAUGCUCAGUUAGAGGAAGACUCUGAACAUCAGCUUGAAGAAGAAGAGGAAGAGUCUCUGGAUGCCAUCCGAUCGGCUGUAAAAAAGAAGGCCAAGUAUAAACCUCAUCUGUCUGAGUGCAGUGGAGACGAGGAACAAGAAAACAAGCCACAACGCAAGGAGCGGAAAGCAGCGAAAGCCAGUAAGGAGGCGAUGAAGCAGCUUCACAGUGAGAGUCAGAGACUGGUGCGAGGUCUGCCAAGUACCAGGCUUGUAUUUUAGAAUCCACUACUCCUCCAGAUCAAACCACAGCACCCCAGCAGGACACAAGCCCUCCACCAGAAUCAUCUCUGGAGAACCAGACCUCCAUCACACCAGACCCAGCCUCCAGCACACACCAAGAUGGUCCCGCUAAUGAUGGAGAAGCUCAGGUACAUGGUGAAAUAAUCACUGACAAACCCAAUCCUGAGGAUGAAGAGAAGAACAGUCCCAUUGAGGAGAAAACAACUGAGGGACAUCCAGAGCAAGAAGAGCAGCAGGUCUCGGUGGAUGCAGCCCAGACUGAACCUCAGGUGCUCAAACCUCGGAAGGAUAAACUGGCCAGAUUGAGGGAGCUUGGUCUGGAUCCUCCUCCUGUGGUGAAGUUGUCCGCAGAUGAAGGGGCUUUUGUCCAGUUGGAGGCGCCUCAGGAAAACCAAGCUCUGAAAGCACUACAGGAGCGCUUCAUGAAGCACUUCCAGCCCGCACCUCGUCCCAAACGCGAGCGCACAUUACAGCUUAAUGUGGUGAGGAAAGACAGCAGUUCAUCAGGACAGGAGGAGCUGCACUCUGAAUCCAUCACAAUCACUGUCAAGGAGGGAGAAGAUGAGCCAGCCAAUGUCAAACCAGGUGAGAAACUGGUGCUGUUGAAGUCUCGUUUGCAGCAAGCCAUGGCCAUCCGCAGGAAAGAGGAGCGAGAGAGAAGAGCUGCUCUUCAUCGCCUCGAUAAUGAAGACUGUGAGGAAGAGGAGGAAGAAGAGAUGACCGAGUCAGAGGAUGAAGAGGGUGUUGAUGAAUUGCUGGGAGAUGGUAAUGGUGAUGAUGAGGAAGAAGAGGAAGCGAUAGACAGAGAGGAAGCAGAAGAUGAAGUUUCUGUGAAAACCUGCCCAUCUCCAGGCUUCAAGAGUCCGUCUCCGACUCCAGCAGACACUGACGGCACAUUGAUGCUGUUUGCUGGAAGCUCCUGUUCCCGCACAGGGGAUGGUGUGAGAAGAAUAGGAGCAGCUGGCCAUGAAGCUGACAAUAAAAUGGAGGAGGACGACACGCUUUCGUUGGCUAAGGACAGCAGUCAUAACAGUAGCUUUGAGCUGAUGGGCUCCAUGAUCACCUCGUAUCAGCCGAACAGAGCUGCAAGUCGAGGCCUGUCCAGCAGUGCUUUCCGCUCCCCGUCUCCCUGCCUCUUUAGAUCCAGCUUUCUGGGCUCGGCCUCAAAGAGCUCUGGUAAGAUGUCCGAGCCGUCCCUGUCUCUGCCUGUGGAGGAUUCCCAGGACCUCUAUGCUCCGUCAUCCCCCAGUGAAUCUGCUCUCCCUCCGGCUGGAGACUCUCAGGGACGCUUCUCCCUGGAGGACGACACUCAAUCACAACUACUGGACGCAGACGGAUUCCUGAAUGUGGGUCCUCGCGGCGGUCCCUCACGCUCGCACAAACGCCAGCUCAUACUCGACAGCCUGGAUGAAAACGCUAUGGAUGCUAACAUGGGAGAGCUUCUGGGGCUUUGCUCGGGGGGCUUCGGCACGGGGCAGACCCAGCCCGGAGACUCUCAGCCUGGGGCAGAGGAUGAGCUGCUGGGGUUGUGCUCUGGAGCUUUUACCACACAGCCUGGAGAGCCUGCUGCUGCUGCUGUUGUUGAUCUCAGGGAGAAAAACAACACUUCAGAGGCAGAAGAGCAGAGAGAGGAGAGCCGUGGAGGAUCUGAGGCGGAUAUGGACCAGCUGCUGGCGCUCUGCUCCGGAAAGUUCACAGGAAGCCCAUCUGCUUCGUCACUAAGAUCAGUCUCCAGUCCUGCCUUUGAAAAGACGUCUGAAACAAACAGGAAAAUGAGGAUAAAUCUGAUGCUGAAGAAGAGGAAACUGAGAAUGAAGAAGAGGAAGAGGAACGGGAAGCGGUGUUUGGGCCACGCCCGGGCAAAAAGAAAAUACGUCUGGCUCAGUUUGUGGAGUCUGAGGCGGAGCUGUCGGGCAGCGAUGUGGGCAGUGAAGACGAGGAUGAGGACGGUGGUGAUGAAUACGAGGAAGAGGAGAUGAUGGAAGAUUUGCCUUCAGACGAGGAACUCAUGGACCAAGUGAACAAAAUUCACAUGAAGCAGAUCUUGGAUGACGACAAGCGCAAACUGCGGCUUUAUCAGGAGCGGUACCUUGCGGAUGGAGAUCUGCAUUCGGAUGGUCCGGGACGAGCUCGUAGAUUCCGCUGGAAAAACAUCGGUGAAGAGAGGAUCAUUGCUCAGUCAGCCGCGGGCCGUGCUGCAGAAAUUAGCCGGUAUUUCUGACAGCAAUCCUUUGGCUCCUCGUAACUCGCGCGGGUUCCUCUUCCAAGACGCUGUCGCCAGAGAAAGAGACGUCUGCUUCUCAGAAACCCAAAACACAGGUUAAGAAAAGAGGCCAGCUGGAGUCGGUCAGUCCUGCAGCGAAGCGUCCGUGUCUCAGCAGCGUCCGCAGACCCGCAGCACCAGCGCGCAGUAUAUUCAGCUUUCUGGAGAACUGAAGACUCUCCGCAUUCAGUGUUAUUAAUGUUAAUUAAACGUGUCCAUACGAAAUGCUCUAAUGAUGCGGCAGGGGUGAAGCUUUGGCUCGGCUUCUUUUACACUGCUUGUAUCAUGUAAAUAUUGUGAUUUUUCUCCCUAAGUGCUGUAUUUUUAUUUGUUUUUAUGAAAUUGUAAAUUAAAGUGUAUUUUAAAUCA